GUAAGUAUGUAGGUGUUCGCGCCUUCCUAAAAGUCUGCUGAUUCCUUGAAGCAUUGUCGUUGCUAUUCAAAAGGCCAAGGGGUUGGAAAUACAGCGGCGUCAUUCACUCGACCGUGAAAUGACCUCACUCUCAACUAACGCGCGCACGAGACGGUUGUAGCUUGCCAAUUUGUCAUAGUACCUAACCUUAAUUGCAAUAAACCAUUUCAACCUUCUCCAAGUUUUUCUUUACCAUAAGAAAAGUGGCGACCGUGGACAGGACGAGUCAAAUUCCCUGGACAAAAAUAACUCAAGAGGAUCUUCGGCCACCGGCAUCGCAGCGCAAGCCGAUCAGCUAAGUGCCCUAGUCCUAGCCUAAUUUACCUACCUACCUAGUUCUUCUGUCUAGUAGUAAAGUAAAGUAGUUAAGUAUAGUUUUCAUUCUGUGCGCGCAAGAGUGGCAAUUCAUCUACGAGUACAAAGGAGUAUAGGUACGUACGUGCCUACCUACAAUUAUAUCCACUGGACCUCAGUUAGUGGCUAAAUCUAAUUAAAAACAAAAUACAAAUAAUAUACGGUUUAGAUUGUAGUUGCAACUAUCAAUAUAGGUACCUACAUAAGUAUCUGUAUAGAAGUUCAUUAAUACAAAACACAAAAUUAUGCAAUACAGUUCUUACUUACCUACAAGUACUACUUAAAUUAAUUAGAUUUCUAGAACUUAUAGUCAUAACUGAGAACUCACUAGCUAACAAAUAAUAGUUAAAAAAUUGCUUAUAAUAAAACUAAACUAAACUAAGUUUAUUAUAAAACUAAAAACUACCUGAGUAACUAAUAACUAUAAUAUUUACAAGAUGUUUAAUUUAAAUCUAUUAUCAAAAUAGGUUCCUUUUAAAUUUAAAGUUAAGCUUACUUCUAUCUAGACUAUUAAGUUAACGAAUUUGUUUGCGAAACACACUAUUAAUAUAACUCAAACGCACUUAUUUAGUACGAAAUACAUCACAAUUUCACGAAUUAUAUCACAAUUUCAGGUGCAGCGACAGCUGACAUUAUACCGACGACCCGGCCGGCCGAAGCGAUAAGGAACCGGUUUUUAAACAAAGGAGGAGCGUGAGCUACGUAUUGUUUUGCCUAGCUUCAAAUAGCGUAAUCGUUUUUUUUGCAAUUUUGUGAUUGAGUUUGCAUUUUAGAGUAUUUACAAUGUCUGAAGCGACUUUAAAGGAGCUGAACGUAAAACGAAGCUCAAUUAAAGGAAGAUUAACUAAAUUUCGAAAUUUUUUACAUAGUUUUGAGUCUAUAAAGUCCCCAAGUGAAGUAGAAAUGACAAAAUUAACGAUACAGUUAGGCAAAAUUGAGAGUUUAGGUAGCAUUUUUGACGAGUUGCAAAGUCAGAUUGAGGUUCUAAAUGCUUCUGAGAUGGACGAUGAGCUUGAGGAACGUGAUGCAAUUGAACUCGAGUUUGCCACCUUGGUUGCCACGGGUCAGCAGUAUCAGACAAGACAUAGUCGGGGAAACAACGUUACGGACGUUAACAGUUCUUCCUCUCAUUGUUGCCAAGAGCAAACGGGCAUAGGUUUCAAGCCUCCCACUAUACAGAUUGCAAAAUUUGAUGGUUCCUACUACAAGUGGCUCGAAUUUCGCGAUUUAUAUUGUUCUUUAGUUCACGAUAACAAACGAAUACCAACGCCCAUCAAAUUUUGCUAUCUUAAUUCGUAUGUGGAAGGUGAGGCUGCAAGAGUAAUUAGCAAUUUAGAAGUCACUGAAGCAAAUUACGAUAAGGCGUGGGAUCUAUUGCGUGAGCGGUACGACAAUAAGCGUUUACUUGUUAAGAGUCACCUGAAUGCACUGCUAAAUUUUGAAAUAAAGUCAAGCGAGACAGAUAAGGCUUUAAGACAAAUCGUUGAUACUCUAAAUAAAAAUUUACGUGCUCUAACCAGCUUAGGCGAACCAACCUCCUUUUGGGACACUAUCAUAGUUCACAUUGUUUCUUCUAAGCUUCCCAGCCAGACUAGCAUGAAGUGGGAAGAAUUUAGAAAUUCCAUUGAGGGAUCCCCUACGGUAGAACAAUUUAAUCAAUUCCUUAAAGACCGUGCCGAUGUUCUGGAAUCCUACAACCACUCGCGUACCACUAGUAAUUUGACUUCUGAUUUUAACGGCAAGAAAAGGCGAUCACAAUCCGUUAUGGCCGCCCGUGUAGUCACAGAUACUCAAGGCAAAUCUAAUGUAACGUGUGAUGCCUGUAAUGGAUCACACCGCAUAUAUGAUUGCGAAGUUUUCAAAAGCAAAUCAGUAGACCAACGACAGGCUCUAGUUAAUAGUUUGAAACUUUGCAGGAACUGUUUGCGCAGCGGGCACAGUGCAUAUUUUUGUCGAAGUGGGACUUGUCGCAAGUGUAAGGGACGACAUAACACGAUGGUGUGCAGUAAUAACCAAAAACCUGUUCCACAAACCAAUGUGGAAUCAACGUUCAGCAACUCAGCUAAGGCAUCUAACGAUCUUACAGUUAACGUUGCUAAGCAUGACAGAAAGGUAACGAUUUUGUCUACUGCCUUGGUAAAAGCGAUCAACCCAGCCAACGGCAAAUUCGUAGUAGCACGCGUAUUACUAGACUGCGGUGCGGAAUCUAGUUUUAUUUCAAAGGGCUUGCAACAAAGGUUAAAUUUAGAGUCUGUGCCUAUAAAACCCAUUAAUGUGAUAGGGAUCGGAAACUCAACUUCUUGCUCUGUUACAGAGAUGUGUACGUUCGAACUUAAAUCAUUAUUUAGUAACUAUUCAACUAAAUUAACUUGUCCAGUGCUAUCAAAAUUAACAGGAAAUAUUCCAAAAACCCUAAUAUACACAAACGAUUUACGAGUUCCUUCUGAUAUUCAGUUGGCUGACACUAGUUUUUACGAGCCGUCACCAAUAGACGUGCUGGUCGGCGCUGAUAUUUUUUGGCAAAUCGUAGGUACUGACCGACAAUCGUUAGGUACAAAUAAACCUUUUUUAAUAAGUUCAGAGUUCGGCUGGAUUUUGUCUGGCCCUAGUCAUUCAGGAACUCUUCCUAGUAAAAUCAAUUGCAAUUUUGAAGUCGGAAUUUCCCAUUCAGAUAACCUCGAAAAACUAUUGAACCGAUUUUGGGAACUGGAAGAAAUUUUACCCAGAAGUCUAUUAAGUGUCGAAGAGAAGUCUUGUGAAGAUCACUUCCAGACUCACACCUCACGUGAUUCUUCGGGCAGAUUCUGCGUUCGUUUACCUCUAAAAGAUUCCCCCAGCUCCUUAGGAAAUUCUUAUAUAAUCGCAAAAAAGAGAUUUUUAAAUUUAGAAAAACGUUUUAGAACACAACCACAGCUCAAAUCUCAGUACGUUGAAUUUAUUAACGAGUAUGUAAAGUUGAACCACUGUUCUGUUGUGAACAUACCCAGAUCGGAACCGUCCUAUUAUUUAAGCCACCAUCCAGUAUUUAGGCAACAAAGCGAAAGCACUAAAUUAAGAGUAGUAUUCGAUGGUUCUGCUUCCACAUCGUCAGGCAUCUCUAUCAAUGACUUGCAAUUCAUUGGACCACGAGUUCAGGAUACACUGUUUUCUAUUUUAUUGCGUUUCCGUCAACACAAAUACGUGUUGACAGGUGACAUAGAGAAAAUGUUUAGACAAAUAACUAUGCACGAAGACGAUCGUAAUCUUCAGCUCAUUUUAUGGCGAGACAACGAGUCAAAACCGCUAGAGAUAUUGAGACUCAAUACGGUAACUUACGGUUUCGCGAGCGCUAGUUACUUAAGCACAAAGUGUAUUUGGACAUUAGGAGAGGAAUGCGAGGAUGAAUUAAUAAAAAAGAUAAUUCAACACGAUUUCUAUAUGGAUGAUUUACUGACAGGAGCCGACUCCAUAUCAGAAUUACGUUAUAUUUUAGAUUCGGUUAUUUCUGUUUUACGUUCGGGUUGCUUUCCUUUAAGAAAAUUUAAAUCUAACGUCAUGUCAAUUUUUGAAAAUUCUUUAAUAAAUCCUCAAGAGACACUAACGCUAAGCGAAUCCACAAGCACUCUCGGUCUGCAAUGGAGGCCAUCCACCGACAGUUUAAGGGUUAUAAUGGAUUUUUCAAAAGACACUGACAAAGUAGUAACCAAGAGAGAAAUUUUAUCAAGCUCUUUCAAGGUGUUUGAUCCUCUAGGACUUAUUUGCCCAUGCACUAUUGGACCGAAGGUGCUUAUUCAAGAAUUGUGGCGUCGCGACAUUGGUUGGGAUGAGCCAGUGCCUUCGGACCUUCAGCGAGCUUGGGAAGACUUGCGAACAGAAUUGACAAAACUUGAAUCGUUGCAGGUCCCAAGGUUAGUUAUCUGUAGUUCUCCUAGUAGAAUAGAACUUCACUCAUUCUCUGAUGCGUCUAUUUCAGCUCACGGUGCCUGCCUAUAUCUCAGAUCUAUUAGUUGUGACGGGCAAAUAGAAGUCAAGUUACUAUGCGCGAAGUCUAAAGUUAAUCCUAAUAAACCUAUUACGAUUCCGCGUUUAGAGCUCUUGGGAGCUCUUUUGGCCGCUCGUUUAUCCAAGUCUGUGCUAGAGUCCCUGAGGUGCACUGUCGAUUGCUGCGUUCAUUGGAGCGAUUCCAGUGUUGUUUUGGGUUGGCUACUCACAAAUCCGAACAAAUUAAAAACAUUUGUCGCCAAUCGCGUUGUAGAAAUCUGCGAGACAACUCUGUCAUCGAAUUGGCGUCACGUGCCAACAGAUCAAAAUCCCGCAGACCUUAUCUCACGUGGCACCAAGGCUACCAACCUGCGAGCAUCAACUCUUUGGUGGUCAGGUCCAGAGUUUUUAACAAAAAUUGAUUCCGAAUGGCCCGUCCUGAACAAACAAUCAGAGUGCGAGUUGCCGGAAAUAAAAGCUCACACAACUCAAGUGUCAGAGGCGUUUGUUGAUUUCCAAAGAUUUUCUAACUUCAUGAGGCUCAAAAGAUCAUUUGCUUACUUAUUGCGUUUUGUUCAUAAUACGAGAUUUCCUAAAAGUAAAAGAAACGGUCCUCUGACAGUUGACGAGUUGAGCCUAGCAUUAAUUUAUCUUUGUAAAUUUGCUCAAAUCCAAUCGUUUUUCGAAGAAGUUAAUGCAUUAUCAAGUAAACGCGACAUCUCAGCAAAAAGUACCCUCCUAGCGCUUACGCCUUUCCUAGAUGAACAAAAUGUUAUGCGUGUUGGUGGUAGACUUGAAUGUUCAAAUUAUAGUUACGACAAGAAACAUCCUAUCUUACUGCAUUCAAGGCAUCAUUUGACAUACUUAAUAUUUCAAUACGAGCACUUUAAACAGAUGCAUGCAGGACCUCAACUAUUGCUAUACGUGGUUCGGAACUACGUGUGGCCUAUAGGCGGUCGAAACCUAGCGCGUCGUGUCGUGCGUAGCUGUAUAACGUGCAAGCGUCUCAAAGGAAAAACUGCAAUGCCAAUGAUGGGUCAUCUCCCAUCGCAACGCACCACACCAGCAUUUCCUUUUCAGACUUUAGGCGUGGAUUUCGGGGGCCCGUUCACCAUUUUGAAUAGAAAGGGUCGUGGGGCUAAAGCAUCCAAAUGUUAUUUGUGUCUGUUUAUUUGCUUCAGGUAUAAGUGCGUACACUUGGAAGCAGUGACGGAAUUGACUAAAGAGGCGUACAUAAUGACCUUACGUAGGCUAAUAGCCAGGCGUGGAAAACCUGGGGAGAUUUUUAGUGAUAAUGGCCGAAAUUUUAUCGCAGCAUCCAAAGAAAUAGCCAAUUUCUUAAAAGAGGCACCGAAUUUUCUCUCUGACUUUGCGGCUAUCGAGCAAAUAAAAUUUCACUUCAUUCCAGCUUACGCUCCUCACUUUGGAGGCCUAUGGGAAGCUGGUAUCAAGUCAGCUAAGCACCACAUAAAGCGCGUUAUGGGCAAUACCAAUUUAACGUAUGAGGAAUUGUCUACUUUGUUCGCACAGGUGGAAGCUAUUCUUAAUAGCCGCCCUCUGUGUCCUAUCUCUUCUUCCCCUAACGACUAUCAAUCCCUUACCCCAGGGCACUUCCUGAUCGGUAGACCGCUGACAUCGCUAGCGGAACCAACGUUGGAGAUGGACAACCCUUCUCGCCUGCAACGUUACGCACGCAUCGAGCUAGCCCGUCAGCAUUUUUGGAAACGGUGGCAAAACGAAUAUAUCUCCGAGUUGCAGCACCGCUCCAAGUGGCGCACUCACGGCGGAGAAAAACUUCAAGUGGGAGACCUGGUGCUUCUUCGAGAAGAAAACUGUCCCCCUCUUCACUGGCGAAUGGGACGAGUGAAACAGUUGUUUCCCGGCGUCGAUGGCGUAUCCAGAGUAGCCGACAUCACCACGCAGAAAGGAGACGUACGAAGGGCUCUCACGAAGCUGUGCCCUCUACUGUGUCAAGAAACACUGUAAUACCGGAAGUAUUCCAGGGGGGGAGUUUAUGUUCGCGCCUUCCUAAAAGUCUGCUGAUUCCUUGAAGCAUUGUCGUUGCUAUUCAAAAGGCCAAGGGGUUGGAAAUACAGCGGCGUCAUUCACUCGACCGUGAAAUGACCUCACUCUCAACUAACGCGCGCACGAGACGGUUGUAGCUUGCCAAUUUGUCAUAGUACCUAACCUUAAUUGCAAUAAACCAUUUCAACCUUC